AUGUCACAAGGUACUUUAUAUGUUACUCAACAAAUCAGAAGCUUACCACCAAAAGCAUUGGUUAAGCACUUCAAAUUAGAUAUCAAACUUUCUGAUAAAGAUGAAGCUUUCAACAAAGCUUUCCCAUUGAACAAAAUUCCCGCUUUCAUUGGACCAAAAGGUUUCAAAUUGACUGAAGUCAUUGCCGUUUGUCUUUACUUAAUUAACUUGGCUGAUCCAAAAUCCAAAUUAUUGGGUAAAAAUGCCGUUGAAUAUUCUCAAAUUUUGAGAUGGCUUUCAUUUGCUAACACCGAGUUGUUGCCAACUGAAGCUAGAGUUUUUCAACCAUUGAAUGGAUCUGUUCCAUACAAUAAAAAGCAAGUUGAUGACAAUUCUGCUUAUUUGGCUAAAGUCGUUGACAUUUUUGAAAAAAGAUUAGCUGAUUUCACUUAUUUAGUUGGUGAACGUCUUACUUUUGCUGAUAUUUUUGCUGCUUCUCUUUUUGUUAGAGGAUUUGAUUUCUUAUUCGGUAAAGAAUGGAGAAAACAACACCCCAACACCACCAGAUGGUUCAAAACUAUUAUUGCCACUCCAAUCUUGGCUGAAUUCCUCGGUGAUUACAAUUUUAUCGAAAAACCAAUUGAGUACGUUCCUCCAAAGAAGGAAAAGAAGAAGGAUGCUGCUCCAAAGAAAGAAGCUGCUGCUGCUGCUCCAAAAAAGAAGGAAGCUAUUCCAGCCGCUUCUGAAGAACCUGCCCCAGCUCCAAAACCAAAACAUCCAUUGGAAGCUUUGGGUAAACCAAAAAAUCCAUUAGAUGAAUGGAAGAGAACUUAUUCUAAUGAAGAAACUAGAGAAGUUGCCAUUCCAUGGUUCUGGAAAAACCAAUAUGAUCCAGAAGAAUGGUCAUUAUGGAAAGUUGAUUACAAAUAUAAUGAUGAAUUGACUUUAACUUUUAUGUCCAACAACUUGGUUGGUGGAUUCUUUAACAGAUUAUCUGCUUCCACUAAAUAUAUGUUUGGUUGUAUGGUUGUUUAUGGUGAAAACAACAAUAAUGGUAUCACUGGUGCCUUCUUGGUUAGAGGUCAAGAUUAUGUUCCAGCUUUCGAUGUUGCCCCAGAUUGGGAAUCUUACGAAUUCACCAAAUUGGAUGCUUCUAAUGAAGACGAUAAGAAAUUCAUCAACAACAUGUUUGCUUGGGAUGAACCAGUUGUUGUCAAUGGUGAAAAGAGAGAAAUUGCCGAUGGUAAAGUUUUCAAAUAA